AUUCUCUGCAUGCAGUGGAUCAAGAGCUUUAUCGUCAUUUCUGCAAGAUAUUGUAAGUGGAGGGCCACAUAGAUUGUUGCCGAUGAAACUCGACUCAUUCAAUCCUCGAAUCUGGGUGCUUUCUGGGAUUCUUCCAGUCAAGUGGUUAUAUGACAAAUUGAAGCUACUCAAAAAAGACAUGGUUGUGAUGCUACUUGGAAUCUCACCCGAUAAUGAGUUGAUUGAGAAAUCAAGAGAUUCGAGUUGCUUCAUGUUUCCAAUGUUGUCUGGGAUGGAUCCUGUUAAAAGAUUUCGCGACAGGUUCAGGAUUCUGAGUUCCACCAGACUUGUUACCUCUCUCGGGAUGUCACCAGACAAGAUGUUGUUUGAAAGUAAGGUUGUUGAGGCAGGUAGGUAUUCUCCCGGAAAGCCUAUUAUGAGAGAGAUCCAAGAUUUG